AUGGCUGAGACAGUAGGUGUAAUACCAAGAGAUGAAGAGGACAUCCAAAAUAACAGCGAUAAUGAAGACCCAUUUCUGAAUCGUGAUGCUGUAGUGGCAUCCCCUGGUUGUUCUGCCAGCCCUUCCUUAGCCAGCCUUAACGAAGACAAGGGGAGCUCAGCAGUGCCAGAAAAACUGUCCACCCUUUCCAGCAAUGCUCUGGCCCAGACAAAAGCCCUGACUGGCCCAGAGGUGGUUAGCAGUGGCCAGGCACAGAAGACAGCCUCUGAGUUGGCUGAGCAUCAUCCAGCAGCUGUAAAUGCAUUGUUAGGUGACUCGUCAUACCCUGCAACGGUCUGUAACCAGCAGCUGGUGGGCAUUGCCUCCCUGUGCUCCAGAAGCCCCUGCUGCAAUGGUGACCUGAAUUCAGAGGUGCUGCAGGUCCCAAAGGUGCCCAGCAGGGCCAGUGAGACCCUGCAGACUCUCACUGUCCUGCCCGGGACUGACCCCAGGGGCUGCCACAUGCAGCAUGCAGGGAGCGGCGCCAAGGGCGGUACAGCCCCUUGCAGUCUGGGCCGGGUGAUUUGGGCAAAGACUGCAAAAGUAAUGGAGACCUUAGAAAAUAAGAAAAAGGAGGAAAAGGAGAAGUACCGUCUCCAGCUAGCUAUGUACCGACGGCUUUUGCUGUUGCGCUCAAUCAGGAGCUUGCAUAAGCAGCUGGAGCAGCAGCAGGCCAGAUUGCAGGAAUGCUACGGCACAGUAAUAAAUACCAAGAAAGAAGUGUUGAAACACAUUCGCUCAACCUCGCCCUCACCUUCGCCAUAAUCGUGUUGCUGCAUGCAGAAAUGAGCUUUGUAAUGCCACCAGAGCCAUCAUUAAGCUUGCAUGCUAUAGGGGUGGUGUCCUUGUACCCAAGAGUACGUGCCCGUGUGUGCUGAGAGUAGUGAGGA